AUGAAGACCAAGCUUCUUCUCAACUUGCUAUACAAACCUCAUCUUCAUUGCGUUGAGAAGCUAGAUGCCGCUAUGGCCAAGGCACAGGAGGAGAAAAGAUCCCUUCUUACUGUGAUGAACCACAUGUCUGUUGUGGAUGACCCUUCAUUUUACGCUGUGUUGCCACUUAGAUUCCACACAGACGUCGAUAUCAUCCGCUGGGGGUUCGGUGCCCAUAACAUUUGUUUCUCCAACACCGCCUUUUCGUGGUUUUUCAACCUUGGAAAGAUCCUUGGAACUAAAAGGUUCGGCGAAGGCCCAUUUCAGGGUUCCUUGGAUGCGGCAAUCCGGGUUCUUUCACCAGAUGAUACCUUGGACUUGGAGUUCAGCCCGUGGGCCAGAGAACAGGACAAGCCAAACUUGAUUCAAGAGUUUUCAAAGCUUAACGUUUCCGAUAAGACAAAAGAUUUGGUAAAUUCGGUGAAGCCCUCCCCUGCAUCAACUAACGUCCUUAUGUCCAAAUCUCCUUUCAUCAGAACGAAAACCUCGUGGUUUCAUGUCUUCCCCGAGGGUUUCGUGCUUCAACUAAAAGAACCACACAACAAUUCCAUGCGCUACUUUAAGUGGGGUGUAUCAAGAUUGAUUCUCGAGAGCACCCGUACUCCUGUCGUGGUGCCCAUCUUCGCACAUGGAUUCGAGAAAGUUGCACCAGAGGACUCCGCUGGCGAGGGUAUAAAGCGCUACCUCCCGAGCAAUUUGGGAGCUGAAAUUCAUGUCACCAUCGGCGACAUGAUUCCAGACGACUGUCUCGAAUUUUACAGACAAAAAUGGAGAGACCUAUGCGAGAAGUAUAUCGACCCAAAAAAGCCAACGGACCUUAGUGAAGAAUUAAAGACAGGCAAGAGAGCGCAAAAGCUUCGAUCUGAACUUGCUGCUGAACUCAGACAAAAAGUUUUAGACAUUAGAGAGGGACUUGGCGUAUUCAGGCCUGAGGAUCCACGCUUCAAAGACCCUGCUUACUGGACCGAGUACACUAAAACUGAGGGCUUGAGCGAUCCUGAAGUCAAGUUUAUUGGUAAGAACUGGGCAAUCAAAAGAUUGCAACUGCACUUGCCAGAGUACGAAGAAGACGCUUAG